UUACGAACUUUUCUGUACGCGGCCCCAUCAGUCCUUAUUCGUUUUGAAUGCUUUUGGCCUUUACUGUGAAGUGGAUCUCUUGAUUGUUUUUCGUAUCAUUGAAUCCUACCAUGGUUUUGUCUCUCGGACGAUCUGUUAUGAUUUGUUCAGGUAUACAUUGAGAUUUAUACGAAGUAUAUUUAUAUCUGAAUGAGAACAGCACUGCUAUAUUACAAACUGGGUCAAUAUGAACUUUAAAUCUAUUCAAACAGGAGCGUCUACAGGUCUACUAGCUGGUGUAGAUAUGAUGUAUAUAUAGAACCGAUCACACCACACACAGGUAAAGCACGGGACUACACUGAAGGUCGAAAUAUCACGGAGGCCAUUUUGGAUUUAGAGUGAACUACUAAUGUGAACCCGACACCAGAAAUGCUGCACCCCCGGCGCAGUGCGCAGGAAGUCCUACUGUGCGACUCCUGUGAAACUGCCCCGCUACAGAGUCACUGUGAACUUUGUAAUAUAAAUCUCUGUACUAACUGUGUAGGUAAACAUCUCUUGGAUUCGUCUAGAAAACACCGAGUCAUACCGUUCAUAGAGAAAAGUUCUGCCCCCAAAGUCUACCCAAAAUGUCCGACACACGCCGACAAACAAAGCGAACUUUACUGCGAGGAAUGUGACGUUCCUGUCUGUUCUACCUGUGUCUCAAAAAAACAUAGAGGGCACAAUUUAUGUGAUGUUCUGGAAAAAUUCAGCGCUAAAACAGAAAGUUUACAAAAAGAUUUAGAGGAACUAGAGAGCAGAAUUUGUCCUCGAUAUGAAGAAAUGGCGUCCGAUGUCCAAACAGAGAAAUCCGAGUUAGAAACGAAUUACGGGAAACUGACAACAGCUGCCGACCAACAAGGAGAAGUCUUACACCGGGAGGUCACCGCCAUUGUCAACCAGCGGAAAUCCGACAUUCAGGAGAUGAAAAAUAAACAUAUGGCUGCCUUAGAUAAAAACACAGAUGAAAUUACACAGAGAAUUACAGAACUUAGAAAGAUCAUUGAGGACCUGAAGAAAAUACUGAACACCAAGGACGUCUCUUUAACGUCUACUUACAAAUCUAGGAAUGGCGAGUUCCGACAAUUACCUCCUAAAGUCCGAGUCACAUUACCGAGUUUAUCUCCUCAGAAAAUAAACACAGAAAAGCUCCGUGAAAUGUUUGGUUCUCUGUCGCCAUUAUCCAUUAACACAGAACAAGGCGACACAAUGAAGUCAGCAGAAGCUGUAUCGUCUCCUCCAGUCAAACCACUGCUUGAUGACCCGCGCGUCACCGCCACCAUAGACACUGGGUAUCAAUAUCUACACAGUGUUAGCUGUCUGAGUGAAGAUCAAGUCUGGACAUGCGGGAAUAACGAAACCAUGAAGCUGCUCAACCUCCAGAGUAAACUACUGACAUCAAUACAAACCAAGUCAGGGGACUAUCCAGGGGACAUAGCAGUGACACGGGACGGAGAUCUUGUUUAUACUGACAAUAGUAACAAUAUAAACCUAAUUAAGAAUAAACAGAUACAGACUGUGAUCACACUACAGGGGUGGAGACCUCUCUAUGUCUGCUGUACCGCGGAUAACGAUCUCCUGGUUACCAUGUACAGUGAUGAUGGAAAACAAUUCAAAGUCGUGCGUUACUCCGGCUCCACAGAGAAACAAAGCAUUCAGUUUGAUGAUCAGGGUCGUCCUCUCUACUCAUCUGGUGGUUACUAUAAACACCUUAGUGAGAACAAGAACCUGGAUAUCUGUGUGGCUGACUAUAGAGCUAGUGCAGUAGUGGUGGUCAAUCAGUCAGGAAAACUCCGAUUUAGAUACACUGGUCAUCCCUCUAAUACCGAGCAAUCAUUUAAACCAUUCGGCAUCACUACAGACAGCCAGAGUCACAUCCUGACAGCAGACUGUUACAAACACCGUAUCCACAUCCUAGAUCAGGACGGACAGUUCCUCCGUUACAUUCACUGUGAUUUACUCAGUCCAUGGGGUUUAUGUGUGGACAUCAGAGACAACCUCUUUGUGGCUGAGUUAGGCACUGCUAAAGUGAAGAAAAUCCAAUAUCUAUAAUCACGGUGUUAAUUACACAUCUCUACAGUGUUAAUUACAUCUACCAUCACAGUGUUAAUUACAUCUACCAACACAGUGUUAAUUACAUCUACCAACACAGUGUUAAUUACAUCUACCAACACAGUGUUAAUUACAUCUACCAACCCAGUGUUAAUUACAGCUCUGUAUGUGGAUUACAGUGUUAAACCAUGUUAAUUACAUCUUCAAACACUGUGUUAAUUACAGCUGCAUGUUAAUUACAGCUGCGUGUUAAUUACAGCUGCGUGUUAAUUACAGCUGUGUGUUAAUUACAGCAGUGUGUGUGAUGUGUAACUAACCUGUGUAUUGACACUGUAUGUAUAUUGAUUGUUUAAAGGCUCUCUUCAUUUUCACAAGUCAAGGGUUAUUGGUUCGUUACCCUGGACUGGUGAAGAUAAGCCCUCUUGAGAAUAUUUCACUUAUAUGGAGAUGUCACCACUGCCGGUGAAGGGCCGCCAAAUUUAGGCCUAUGCUCAGCACUUAUGGUCUUUGAACAGGGAGGUAUCUUUAUCGUGCCACACCUGCUGCGACACGGGGCCUCGGUUUUCGAAGGACCACCCCAUUUAGUCACCAAGCAAGGUUGUUUAUUCGUGUCUGAUAGAACAUUAUUCUGUUUGUUUAUUAUGUAUUUCAAUAUCUGUAUUAUUACAUAAACAUUAUCUCGAG